AUGGCGCUGCAAUUCGCUAAAGGCACGCACUCAUUGUCGAUUUCGAAACUGUUCAUGCUUGCAACGCUGCUGAUAGCUCAAUUUUGCAUAGUGAGCGCCCAGAUUGGUUGCAUUUUGCAGGACUAUUACCUGUCCUCAAAUCAGCAACUACUCAACAUAACAUCGCCCAACUACCCCAACAGCUAUGGAAGGGGCACGAAUUGCCGCUAUCGCAUAAUAGCACCGUACGGACAUGUGGUUGUACUCAACUGUAUUUUCGAAGUGUACCCCAAUGAGUGUGGCACUGAGUACUUCUAUAUCUCGCGCGAUGGCGAUUUAGACUUUCGUGAAGGCGAAACCUUUUGCUCGAACUCCAAUAUAGUUCGCACAUCGUUUUUCCAGCCCAUGACUGUGGGCUACUACUCGGCCGCACCGAACACUCCGCAGCAAGGGCGUUUGUUUUGCCGGGCUUAUGCGCAGCAGCAACCUUGCAACUGCGGAUGGACGACACGAACACGCAUUACAAAUGGGCGGGAAGCCGCUAAGCAUGAGUACCCCUCAAUGGUGGCUUUGCGAGAUCUCACCUCUUCGCAGCGAGUUUUCUGCGGCGGUAGCAUUAUAAGUAAUCGGCACAUAAUGACCGCGGCGCAUUGCAUGCGCAUACAACCGGAUCCACGAAGGAUCAUCGCAUAUGUGGGCGAUCACGACUUAAGCACCACCAGCGAUUCCAUGUUCGCCGUGCAACAUCGCAUCCAGCAGAUAAUCGUUCAUCCUGAAUACGUAUCCACAGUGGCCAUUGUGGCGAACGAUAUGGCCUUGCUCAUCACAAUCGCGCGCAUUGAGUGGUCACGUGGCGUUGGCCCCAUUUGCCUGCCGCUAUUGCAAGCCUCUGAUCUGUUCACUUACCGUACGGUGGAUGUAGCCGGCUGGGGUACCACCUCCUUCGCCGGUCCCAAGUCGAAUACGCUGCAGAAAGUCGAGCUGAUGACUGUAGAGAAUCGUGCCUGCGAAAUGCAAUUCAACACCAGCAUUACCGCCUCACACAUUUGCACCUACGAUUAUCGGGGUUUGGGACAGGACUCGUGUCAAUAUGACUCCGGUGGCCCCGUUAUUCUCAGGCAACAGCAACAGCCAACACAGCCGUCACGCAUGUAUGCUCUGGGUGUAAUCAGUUAUGGUGGCGCGUGUGGCGCUCGCUUUGCGGUCGGCGUGAACACCCGAAUCACUUCGUUCCUGGAGUGGAUCUGGACGAAUGUGCGAAGUGGUGGCGGUGUGUGUGCACCUUAA